CCCGGCUGUGGAAAAGUAUUUGCCCGAUCGGAAAAUCUGAAAAUCCAUAAAAGAACACACACCGGUGAAAAACCUUUCAAGUGUGAGUAUGAAGGCUGUGACAGACGCUUUGCGAACAGCAGUGAUCGUAAGAAACACAUGCACGUCCAUACCUCUGACAAGCCUUAUCUCUGCAAAAUGUGUGAUAAAUCCUACACACACCCCAGCUCCCUCCGGAAACACAUGAAGGUUCACGAUUCGUCGACUCAAGGAUCCCAACCCUCCCCGGCAGCCAGCUCCGGCUACGAGUCCUCC